AGACGAAUCGAGAGAGACAGACGUGGGUUCAGGAGAAGGUCAGGGAGAGCAAUGGGGCCUUUCCACGGCGACGGUGCGUGUUUGACGUCGCUCCGGCUCCGGCGGCUCCUCUGGUUCCUCAGGCGCCGGAACCUCUUCGACACCGCCGUCGCACUGGAGCAGGAGACGGGCGUGUCCUUCCUGCCGUCGCACCUGCGUCUGCUGCUGCUCGAGAGCAAGUGGGCGGAAGCCGAAGCGUACGUGUCGGGCCCCAUCGACCUCGCCGGCUGCAGCUGGAUGGCGAGCCGCAUCAUCGGCCGCAUCCGCGUCUUCGACGUCAUGUCCAGGUUCGCUGCCGGCGAGGCCAGCACCAUCUCCGACGACCUGUUCCGACGAGCCGACGCGCACCUCCUCGGCCACCCCGACCUGCACGGCGCCAGCCGCGUCCUCCACUCCAUGCGCUCCGACCCCUACCACCGCAGGGCGUCAGUACACUACAGGCGCUUCCAUCGCGGGGCAGUGGAGGCCAUCAUGGGGUGGGUUGCCAAGUGCCCGGAGCUCAAAUCCAAGAUGCGACCGCCGCCUCGUUGCUCCUUUGAUCGUACCUACUUCGUCUCUCUUGGUCCUAGAUUCUGGGAUUGCAGGAGAAGGGGUAAGAAGAGCAAAGCUGGUCGUCGAAUCCCACCACACACCCUUGCCCGUUGCUUUAUGCGAAAGAGAAAUGGUGGUUUAUUUUUGAAGAGUUCAGAUGAGGCUAUCAUGUCCAAGAGCAUUGCAGCGUCAAGCUCAGAAGCCUGAAACGUCAUCUAGUCUUAGUUGUCUUAGCCUUGUCUUAAAUUUGUUAUCCUUGCUUUCUUUGGCGUGGAAUUAUCCUUGCUUGUUGUCUGGUAUUUAUGUGUUGCAAUUCCUUAUUAGAAGAGACACAACGUCUGUUUGUGCUGGGAUACUAGCAGUUCGUAAGACUCUGUCUUAUUU